CUUUGCUUAAAAUAGUAAAGAUGGCGGGUGCAAUGUGUGUUGAUGAUUUAGUUCAAUCUGUCUCUUUACACAUUCCUCGUAAAUUAUUAUUUCAUGGAUACGUUUUACCAUUUGUAAUUUUGUAUGGCGUUUGGGGUUAUUUGUGGAUAAAUGUGUAUAAUGUAGAACAUUAUGAAGCUGGUUUUAUAGGAAUUGCUGUGAUCGGCCUGUUGCAAGUGCUAAGUUGUCUCUGUUGCCAUUGGUCGGUACAUGUUCAGUGUUUCUUCACGUGUCAAAGUACUAAAGACCCAUUAAAAGCAGAAGUUGCCAAAGUUGUUCCAACAGCUAAUAAUGGUUCAUCAGAACUGGUGCGGAUCCAUCAUCAUAAGAACGAAGCAACUGGUAGUGUUCUUAUUUGGUUCAUAUUCCAAAAGACAAAGUAUGUCUGGGACGAGAACAAGAAACGGUUCAGUGGCCUGCAGUUCCCCAUUCACCUCAGGUUCGGGGACUACAUGGAGUGGAAGGGUUACCAGGACGAUGACGAGGUUGCAGCGGCAGACAUGAAGUACAGCAGGAACCAACUAGACAUGGUAGUACCAGAGUUCAUGGAGUUGUUCAAAGAGAGAGCGACAGCCCCGUUCUUUGUGUUCCAAGUUCUGUGUGUGGGUCUGUGGUGUCUAGACAAGUACUGGUACUACUCCCUCUUCACCCUCGUCAUGCUCAUAUUGUUCGAGUGCACUCUGGUGCAGCAACAGCUGCGAAACAUGGCUGAGAUACGCAAGAUGGGCAACAAGCCAUACACCAUACAGGUUUAUCGCAAUCGGCGGUGGCGUCCUAUAUUCACAGAUCAACUGCUGCCGGGUGACAUUGUGUCGAUAGCAAGGUCUCAGCACGACAACUUGGUGCCUUGUGACCUGUUGCUGUUGCGAGGACCGUGUAUCGUAGACGAAAGCAUGCUUACAGGGGAGUCCGUCCCGCAGAUGAAGGAACCGAUAGAGAACUGCGACCUGGGCAGGACCCUGGACCUGGAGCUGGACGGCAAGUUGCACGUCCUGUUCGGGGGCACGAAGGUGGUGCAGCACACUCCGCCCAGCAAGACCUCGGGCGGCCUCAGAGCGCAGGACAACGGCUGCGUGGCGUACGUGCUGCGGGGAGGGUUCAACACCUCGCAGGGCAAGCUCUUGCGCACGAUACUGUUCGGGGUGAAGAGAGUCACCGCCAACAACCUGGAGACGUUCGGCUUCAUCCUGUUCCUGCUGGUGUUUGCAAUCGCCGCAGCCAGCUACGUCUGGAUCAAAGGCUCAGAGGACCCCACUCGUAACCGUUACAAGUUGUUCCUGGAGUGUGCUCUAAUCCUGACAUCUGUGGUGCCACCUGAACUUCCCAUAGAGCUGUCGCUGGCUGUCAACACAUCAUUGCUGUCUCUGUCCAAGCUAGCCGUGUUCUGCACGGAGCCAUUCCGCAUCCCAUUCGCUGGCAAGGUGGAGGUCUGCUGCUUCGACAAGACGGGCACGCUCACCAGCGACAACUUGGUGGUGGAAGGCAUCACAGGUUUGCAUGACAAGCCGGGCGUGAUCCAGCUGUCAGAUGCUCCACUCGAAAGUGUCCAGGUCCUCGCAACUUGCCAUUCGCUAGCCCAACUGGAGGAUGGGUUGGUUGGCGAUCCGUUGGAGAAGGCCAUGCUCAUGGCAGUGGACUGGAAUCUCACCAGAGGUGAUGUUGUUAUACCACGGCGGGGAAAGGCACCGGGUAUGAAAAUAUACCAACGCCACCAUUUCUCUUCAGCUCUUAAGAGAAUGUCCGUAGUUGCUGGCUAUACUCUUCCAGGGACUCCAGAUACGACGUACGUUGCAACUGUGAAAGGGGCCCCAGAAACGCUGAAGUCCAUGUUUUCCACUGUGCCUGAAACGUACGAUGCAGUGUACUUGGAGAUGUCUCGGCGCGGGGCGCGGGUGCUGGCCCUGGGCUUCAAGGAAAUGGGCCGCCUGACGUCCCAGCAGCUGCGAGAGCUCACCAGGGAGCAGCUAGAGUGCGACCUCAAGUUCGCCGGCUUCGUCGUCAUAUCCUGCCCGCUGAAGAGCGACUCGCGCAGCGUCAUCAGGGAGAUCCUUCACGCAUCGCACGUUGUUGUGAUGAUCACAGGUGACAACCCACUCACUGCUUGCCACGUGGCCAAAGAGCUGCGGUUCACGCAGAAGCCUGUCACGCUCAUCCUAACAGAAUCUGCCAGCGAAGGUUGGGUGUGGGAGAGCAUCGAUCAGUCUCAGCGUCUGCCUGUGUUGCCUCGGAAGUCCUACCGCGAGCUGGUGUCCAACUAUGACCUUUGCAUCGCUGGAGAGGGCCUGACGUUCCUAAUGGAGAACCACAGACAGUUGCUGAACAAGGUACUGCCUCAUAUCUCUGUGUUUGCCCGAAUGGCACCCAAGCAGAAGGAAUUGGUGAUAGUGACGCUGAAGUCUCUGGGCUUCACCACCCUCAUGUGUGGAGAUGGAACUAACGACGUGGGGGCCCUCAAGCAUGCCGACGUAGGUGUUGCCAUUCUUUCUAAUGCACCAGAGAAACUGCCUGAGAAGAAAAAAGUAGAGAGACAUGAGCGGCCAGAGCGAGAACGUACCCGGCCGCCUCAGUUGAAUUCCCAUGCAAAUGCAAGGCAGAAUACAGCGAACUCGGCUCACAGUCACCUUCAGAAACUCCUCAAGGACAUGGAUGAACAAGACCAAGCACAGGUGGUGAAGCUCGGGGAUGCCAGCAUUGCCGCUCCCUUCACCUCCAAACUGUCCUCCAUCAUGUGCAUAUGCCACAUCAUCAAGCAGGGCAGGUGCACGCUCGUAACGACGCUGCAGAUGUUCAAAAUCCUGGCCUUGAACGCCCUGAUCUUGGCCUACAGCCAGUCCGUCCUCUACCUGGACGGCAUCAAGUUCAGCGACGUGCAGGCGACGCUGCAAGGCCUCCUGCUGGCAGCGUGCUUCCUCUUCAUCUCCAGGUCCAAGCCCCUUAAGACUCUGUCUCGUCAGCGGCCGCUCCCCAACAUAUUUAACGUGUACACCGUGCUGACGGUCAUGCUGCAGUUUGCUGUCCACUUUGCCUGCCUCAUCUACUUGGUGCAAGCGGCCUCCGCUAGGUCUCCACCUAAGGUGGAGCCAGCGACAACAUCGAGCACAGACAAGGAAGAAGAGUCUGCCUUCGCACCCAGUCUGCUCAACAGCACGGUGUACAUAAUAUCCAUGGCCUUGCAGGUUGCCACCUUCGCCAUAAACUACAGGGGCCAUCCUUACAUGGAGAGUUUGAUGGAGAACAAGGCGUUGCUGUACAGUAUCGUAGGUUCUGCAGGAGCCAUCUUAGCACUCGCCAUGGGCAUUUUCCCCGACAUGGCAUAUCAGUUUGAGAUAGUCAACUUUCCCACUGAGUUCCGAAUUCUUCUAGUGCAAGUAUUAUUUGCGGACUUCUUUUUAUCAUUCGUCGUUGAUCGGGUGUGUUUGUGGUUGUUAGGGGAAGGGAAAUUACAGAUAAAGUAAGGUGCUACUGAAUGGGUCAAAGACAACUUUAUUUGGUGUGUUGUGCAGUAACGUAAAUUAUUUACUGCGUUAUGGCAGUUUAUAUUAAUGAUGUAUGUUUACUUUAUUCCUAGUCUGUAUAAAGCUAUUUUGUGAUAAGUUGUGAAUGUUGGUUAAACAAGGUUGGUUGAGUGCCAAAUGAA